AUUAGGUUAUGAUAACGUCAAGAAACCAUAACCUCAAAAAUAUGGAUCAAAACAUUGGGAUAUAGCAAAAAUUCUGCUUAAUAAUGAUUAUACCCAUCGCCCUUCUUGUUUCAUGUUUGAAACUACUAUUAAUUCCUGCGUACCAUUCCACAGACUUCGAAGUUCAUAGGAACUGGUUGGCCAUAACACACAGCUUACCUAUAAAGAAGUGGUAUUUCGAAAAUACAUCAGAAUGGACCCUAGAUUAUCCUCCGUUCUUUGCUUGGUUCGAGUACCUGCUGAGUUUUCCUGCUCAAUUAUUCGACAAAAAUAUGCUGGUAGUUGAAAAUAUAAAUUACGAUUCCAAACGAACUGUUCAAUUUCAAAGACUAUCGGUGAUAUUUAUGGAUUUGAUAUACCUGUAUGGAGUUUAUGGGUGUUCCAAAAUUGUUCCGAAAGGUUGGAGAGCUCAUGUGUUACUUAUAUUGCUCUCGACUAAUUGUGGUCUUAUUAUGGUUGAUCACAUACAUUUCCAAUACAAUGGUUUCAUGUACGGGAUAUUACUGAUAUCUAUAUCUUAUAUGUGGACUGAAAAUUACUUGAAGUCUGCUUUUUUCUUCAGUGUUUUGCUCAACCUCAAACAUAUAUAUUUGUAUGCAGCUCCUGCCUAUUUUGUAUAUUUGCUUAGAAAUUACUGCCUUCGAAGCAAGAGCAUUUCAGGGGCACUUGGAAGUAAGCAGUGUUGGAUGAACACAAUCAAAUUGGGAUCGAUUGUUGUAGGGGUGUUUUUUGUUAGUUUUUACCCAUUUCUUGACCAUAUCCCCCAGGUUAUUUCUAGAUUAUUUCCUUUGAAAAGAGGUCUCUGCCAUGCAUACUGGGCACCCAACUUUUGGGCUUUAUACAAUGUAGCCGAUAAGGCUGCCUUUAUUAUUGCCUCAAAAAUGGGCUUUGAGCUGUCAGCAACGAAAGCUGCUAUGACAGGAGGGUUGGUGCAGGAAUAUUCCCACUCAGUCUUACCCAAUAUUACACCUUUAACGUCAGUUGCUUUAACUCUACUCACAACGUUGCCUUGCUUGAUCAAGUUGUGGAGGCUUAAGUCAGGACCUGACUUUAUCCGUUGUAUUGUACUUUGUUCCUUGACAUCAUUUGCUUUUGGAUAUCAUGUUCAUGAAAAGGCUAUUCUGAUGGCUGUGAUUCCCUUAACGUUAUUAUCUGUUCUUGAUUCCUUUGAUGGGAGAAUAUUUCUUAUACUAUCCACAGUAGGGCAUUUUUCUCUAUUUCCCUUAUUAUUUCCAUUGAAUUUACUUAUAGUAAAGAGUUUGUUAUUUUUUAUAUACACCCUGUUUUCAUUCUAUAGUUUAGCCAACGUUUUUACGUCGAGCAUUCGUGAAAAUUCCAUCCCUUUGUUGAGCAUUCCAGAAAGUUUAUAUCUCUUAGGUUUAGGUCUUGUUUAUUUAUAUGAGAAUCUUAUUCAUUAUUUAUUAGGACUCAGCGACAGUUUGCCAUUCCUACCUUUGAUGAUUAUAUCUGUUUAUUGUUCUGUAGGUGUCAUGUACUGUUGGUUGAGAUACUAUAUUUACUUUUUGUACAGACCUGUUACUCAAAAGAAAGAAAAAACCAAAUAAAUUUUUACCAAACU